AUGGGUGAUAUCAAGUCAGGAGGUGCUGGUGUGAUCCUUGACCACGAUGUCCUUGGGGAGAAGGCUGGCCUUGCUCAUGAGGAGGCUAUGCAUUUUGGUGCCCUCACCGAGGAGGAGCUUGCCAUUGAGAAGAAACUUGUUCGCAAGAUUGAUCUCCUCAUCAUGCCCUUGAUUGUGCUGGUCUACUUGAUGAACUACAUUGAUCGGAACAACUAUGCCGCCGCUCGGUUGCAAGGUCUGGAGGAGGACUUGGGAUUGCACGGCGAUCAGUAUCAAACUGGUCUUUCCAUUCUCUUCGUCAGCUACAUCCUGGCUCAAGUACCCUCCAACCUCCUGCUCAACCACUUCGGUCGUCCUUCUCUAUACCUGGGCUUCUUUACAGUUGCCUGGGGUCUCGUGUCUGCAUUGACCUGCCUCGUCAAGAGCUAUGGCGGAAUUAUCGCCUGUCGAUUCAUGCUUGGCCUGGUCGAGGCCCCUUUCUUCCCUGGCGUGCUCUUCUACCUCUCCAAGUGGUACACCAAGAAGGAGUUGAACCUACGAAUGUCCAUCUUCUAUUCCGGAUCGCUCAUCAGCGGCGCAUUCGGUAACCUUAUCGCUGCUGGCAUUCUCAGUGGGCUGGCGGGUGAAAUGGGCAUGUCGGCAUGGCAAUGGCUCUAUAUCAUCGAAGGGUCCAUCACAUGUUUCAUCGGCUUGGUCAUUAUGCUCGUCCUCCCCGACUUUCCGAGUACCUGGAAACGCCUUCCCCCGGAGAUGAAAAAUGUGGCCAACCGCCGCCUCGCCAUUGAAGCCGCCGAGGCCGACGUUGACGACGAAGGCGGAAUGUCGCAGUGGAAAGGCUUCAAACUCGCCAUGACAGACUCCAAGACGUACAUGCUCGCCAUUGCCUACAUGUGCAUUACUGGAGCUGCUGGAUUCCAGAACUUCUUUCCCACGCUCACCGCCACUCUCGGCUAUAAUCACAUCAUCUCACUGCUUCUCUGCGCGCCGCCCUAUGUCUUCAUGGUCUUCUACUCCUUCGCGCAUUCGGUUGUGUCAGACCGCAUGGGAAAUCGCUUCUGGUUCUUCAUGUAUCCGAUCCCCAUCACCAUCGUCGGCUGGAUCAUCUUCAUGACCACCGACUCGUUUGGACCACGCUACUUCAGCUUGUUCCUGAUGAUCUUCAUCUUUGCCAUGAACGGCACCUGUUACGCAUGGAUUGCCUCGGCCAUCCCUCGGCCACCAGCCAAGCGCGCCGCGGCGUACGCCUUCAUCAACUCGAUCGGCAACUCGGCCUCGAUCUGGACACCCUUCACGUACCGCGACCAGGACAAGCCGUACUACCGUCUCGCGCUCGGCAUCAACAUUGGCCUGCAAGCCGUGGCUGCAAUCAUGGGUAUCAGCAUGCGCAUCAAGCUGACCCGACAGAACAAGCGGUUGGAGAGAAUGGAGAACGAGGACACCCCCUUGACGGAGCGUGAUCUGCAGAAACUGAGAAGAACGGCCGAGAUCGAGGGCAUCGAUCUGGCCGCCGCGAGACGGCUGCAGAAGGGCUACCGGUACAUGAUCUGA